AUGCCGAAGCGCCCCGCAGCCGCCGUACCGCAGUGUGCGGCCCCAGCGCCUCCAGCGCGCCGCUUGCGGGGCAAGCAAAGCGCGGACGACCACGCGGUGCCACCGCGCGCGCCGCCGGGGGCUGAGCCGCCGCGGAUGCAGCGACCGGCGGCGAGCACCCAUUUGUGUCAACGCCGUCCGGGGGAGCCCUGCAUUUUUUCCACGUCGGCCAGCGGCGCCAGAGCCCGAUACCAGGGCGCAUCGCGGCAGUGCCCCUGGUGCAGCACCGAGGCCCUGUCCGAAGCCCUGGCAGCUCACGGUGGCCGUAGGCAAAUGAGCCGCUCCUUGAACAUCUUUUGGACCAGCAACAAAGAUAUCUUUGCAGCGGCCGUGCAACGUUUGCCUGCAGCCUGGCGCGCCCACUUUCCGUUGCAAGUCCUCGGCAUGUCGCCCGCUAUCCACAGCGAGGAAGCCUUGCGGCAAGCAUUGGCUUCAGCAUCUGGCCGGGGACGCGUGCUGGCAGCCUUGCGGAAGAAGCAGACGACGGAGCCAGAUGUGGUGGAGAUGGCCAUCCAGGCGUUGCCCGUGGAGAUGCAACAAGAAAUGCGCGACAAAGCUGCCGAAGAGCCACGGCGCGCCAAGGCUGCCCGGCACAAGGCCGAGGAGGACGACGCCAUGGAUCAGUGGGAAGCAGCCAUGGCGGCCCGGCGCAGCGUCCGCGCGGAGGCAUCGGCGGAGGCGCAAACGCUCUAUGAGGAGCGCGUGGCCGAGGACCGGGCCCGUGUGCGCCGCAAGUUCUUUCCACAGAAGGAGCGCCAAGUGAAGCACAGCGGCCACCGCUGGAGCCACCCGAUGCCGGCAGCCUUGCAACAGACCGUGCAAGAUCUCCAGUCCAAUGACACUGGCUUGCCUGCAGCGCAAGAGAGCCCUGUGGCCGCCAUGCUCGAGCAAUGGUGCAAAGUCGGGUCCUGGGCCGUUUGCAAGGCCUGCCACAGCCUGGAGCCACGCCAUCUGAAAGAGAUCGACGUGCGCCGCACAGCGCCGCCGCUGGUGGACAAGUGCAAGUGGUGCGCCGGGCCCCAGGGCGUGGAUGGCGUGCCGCAAGUGGCGGAUGUCCCCGAGCCCUUGCGGGGCUUGACGCCUUCGUGUGUGAAGGCGUUGCAGCCGCUGGAAUUGGAUUGCGGGCCAUACCAAAGGCCCCCGCAUGGCUACCGGGUGCACACGGCUUUGGCUCGCUUGGCUUGGUCACAGCAAUCUGUCGAAGAGAAGCUCGCAGCCUUGCCGCGGCAGGAGCGGAAGCCGGCCAAGAAGGCCUUCACCUACUUGAUGCGGGCAGGCAGCCGAUCAGAGUACCGCACAUACGUCAAGCAGCACGAAAAGUUUCUAUGCCAGAAUCCUGACCCUGCAGAUGCCGAUCGCAAGCGGCCACUGCAGAUGUUGGAGGCAGCGGGCAUCGAGUGUGCUCUGUGGCCGGACCUCUACUGGGACUCCGAUCACUGUGAGACGGUCAUCCGCGCCACCGACGUUCGCAGGCUGCAGCGCCGUGGGCUGCUCGACGAGGACGACGAGGAUGAGGACGACGUGGGCCGCGGCUCCAUCCGCCGUUCCUUCUUGCGUAAGAUCCUCGGGCCGAUCUUGGAUUACACCGCCGAUUACCAGCUGCUCCAAUUCAUUCAUCUUCGACUUCUCUCGAUGCGCAUCAUGCUCAAGGGCUGCACCUUCACGCCGGCCUACUGGGCGCAAAGGCACGCAGCCGUGCUGGACUUGCAACGGCAGUGUGGGUACCCCAUCCUCUUCAAGACUUGGGCACCCUACGAAUGGAGCGCGCCCUACCAUGCGGCCUUGCUCCACGAUCUCGCGGCCUUGCUCCGAUCCCGACAACAUUUGGCCGGCUCGGAGACGUUGCACCUGGCGCAUGUCAUGGUCGAACUUUUGCGAGAGUGGGUUGCAGGAGGCACCCGCAAGCACGGAGAGCAGAGCUCGACUUGGAAGAGCCACGCGCUGGCCGCCACGUUGCCCGGUGGCCAGCGAUGCCGGAUCAACUUUGCAGCCAGACUAGAAUUCCAAGAUGGCAAGAGGAAGCAAGCGUCGCAGCAGUACCACGGCCGCGGCGCCGUGCACCUGCACGCUCUGCUCUUUGCCGAGGAGCUGGAAGCCUUGCAGCUGCACAGGCGGCUGCAGGCCACGGAGCCACAUGAGGGGCAUCAUCUGCGAGGCUACGUCGUGGACCAGUUGAGCUACACGGGCAGCGGGUGGCCAGUUCAUGAAGCUGAGUCGUCAUGGGAUGCCAAAGAAGGGGUUGUCCAACUGCAGCACACAGAAAAGGAUUCGGACUUGGGCAUCCGAGCCUACGAUCCCGAGGAGCUGGAUGUGUUGAAGUGCCACGUGGACAACCUGAUGCCCCAAGCAGCACGCUCCGACAAAGGCCGCAGUCUGAUGCUGCGCUACGUGGCAACCUAUGACACCAAGUUCAGCAGCAGCUUCAGCCACGAACUGCUCUCAGAUGCGCAGGUGUCCGGAUAUGGUCUUGCGUUCCGGGUUCUCUCCACCUUCCAUCCGUCGGAGCCGGAGAUGUGGCUGACGCUCUUCCCGCAAGUCUUUCCUUCCUUCGUGCUCGGCGGCACCAUGAAGCCCAUCGUUGCCCCCUGGCCAGGGAUGCCGCAGAUGCCCAACUUCGUGGAGGCCUACGAGAACUGUGGGUGGCGCGACGACCGCAUGACCCUGCUGGAGUACUUGCGAAAAACCAACGACAAGGGCGACAUCAUCCACUGGCUGCAAAGGGCGCAUGCCUCAGCCGACACGGCGUUGGACUUGGGCGCUUUUGCGUCCCAAUACAAAACGUUCGGGGAGAAGGUCGUAGCGGCCGAGAUGGUCACCAUCUUCAGUGAUAAGUACUUCGGGCAGUGGCUGCUGCUGCACGUGCCCUUUCGCUCCGCGGCGGCCUUCUUGGCCGAGGACAUCCUGGAGCGAGUGCCGACCCGGUACCGGCUCUUCGCCUGUGCUCUGCGGGCGGCACCGGAGUUCUGGCGCGAUGCCGCCGAAGUGCGGGCGCACCUGGAGCUGGCGGCGCACAAGGACAACUACAUCGCCAAUGCCCUGGCCAUGAUCGCCGCCCAGGCCCGCAUCGUCGAGAAGUACUUGAACGGCGAGCUCUCCUUGGACGAUGAAGUUCCAGAUCCCGAGGACGCGACAGCCGGCAUCCUCGGCGCACCGCCGCCGGUGGUGGCGCGGCCCAAGUUCAAUCGGGCCCAAAGGCUGUUCGAGGAGAAGGCGCUGCAGCGCCUCGAUGCAGUGUCGGCUUUCCGAGAUGCCGAGAGUCCGGAAGAGGUCGAGCGGCUGGCCGCAGAACUGGAAGAACAAAACAGCAUUCUGCUGUGCAUGGGCGCGCCGGGGACCGGCAAGACCUUUGUCGUGGACUACCUCAUCCAGGUGGCCGUGGGCCGUGGUCUCCGCGCGCUGUACGCCUUGCCGACAGGACAGCUGGCCUGCCGGAUGCGGCAACGCCAUCCCAACAUUCACGUGGACACGUGCCACGGCGCCUUCGGCUUCUUCCGGCCGCUGCAGGACAACGAGGGCCGUUUAUACUUAGCGAACUUAUAA